CGAAAACGCAAUGAAGCGAAAAAAAAAACCUGGCUUGCUUGCUUCUGUUGUGAUUGUGACGAAUUUUGUAGUUAUUAUCAAAGUUCCAUCUCGUUCAUUGAGUUUUCAUUAAAAUAGUUCACAUAAUCAUUAAUAAUGUCCAAGGCUCACCCACCAGAAUUGAAAAAAUUUAUGGACAAGAAGCUGUCUAUAAAACUUAACGCGGGUCGUGCCGUGACAGGGGUCUUGCGUGGUUUCGAUCCUUUCAUGAACCUUGUGCUAGACGAGUCUGUGGAAGAAUGCAAAGACGGACAGCGCAACAAUAUCGGCAUGGUGGUAAUCCGAGGAAAUAGCAUCAUAAUGCUAGAAUCAUUAGAUAGAAUAUAGAAUUAGGUUUAUUCUUAAGCUUUAAUUACAUUAAUGAUAAGUGAUGGAGUUUGACCAAAUGUGAGAGGAAUUUCAUUUGAUAACAGAGACAAAAUUUG